AUGUACACCUUGCCAUCUGAGAAGCUGAUGGAAAUGACCAAGAUCCAGCCGCACGAGGAGUUGCUGUCUGAAGGUAGCCUGGUGAUCUUUGAAAAAAAGUUGGGCCGGGCUGCUUUCGUUUCUCAUCAGUGGAUUGGUGGUGCGCACCCAGACCCGGAGUUUAAGCAGAUGAAAGUGCUGAAAGACAGCCUUAGAAAUCUCCAGUCCGGUGCGUGCGAGGUGUCCGUUGACUUGUUGACCGAAGCAGUCUACUUUCGCUCCAAAGGCAUUCCAGCCGAGGAAUGGCAGUCCAGCCGCCUGUAUUUGUGGUACGACUACUUUUCAUGUCCCCAGCGGGAACACCAGACCGCCCAUGGCCGUGUGAGCGUGGGGAAUCUCCAAAAAGCCAUUGAUAGUAUUCCGGUCUAUGUCUCCCGCUGUGACCACUUCAUCGCCCUGUGCCCAGUGUUGCCCAGCACUGAUGGCAGCAGGAUGUUCAGUGACUACACCUGGGCGAGCAGAGGAUGGUGCAGGAUCGAGCAAGUGGUGCGAGAACUCACUGUGCAGGGCGGAGGAUCCUGGAUCGUGGUGAAGAGUGCCACGCACCAGGAGUUGAAGGUUUGCCCCUUGACCAACUGCUCUGCGGGAGAAGGAGAAUUCACAAUGGAGUCUGAUCGAAAGCGCGUUGCAGGUGUCCUACAGAGGUUCCUGAAGAGGAGGCUCUUGUCAUGUUUGGAGUUGGGUGAUUUGCCAGCGUACCGCCUGCUGCUGAACAAGCAAAGGGCCUUCCUGCGCAACCUCCCAGCAGAACCCAUUGAGGACUUGGUGCCGGGAUUUCACGCUUCAGAAAGUGAUGGUUGCGCAACCAUCCUGGACCGUUUCCUGCAUCAGAACGGCUUCAAGAAUGCCCUGGAGUAUGACAGUGCUGGAUGGUCGCCUUUGUGCUACGCCUGUAUGAACGGAACCCCUUUGGUGAUCAAGAUGUUGCUGGAGCAGAAAGCGAACCCCAACAGCAAGACCAAAAAGGCCCGCGCGGAGGUCAAUACCGACAAGCAUAGUCCAGUGCUGGCAAUCUGCGCGCGCUUCAAAAACCAUGAGGCCAUGAAGUUGCUCAUUGAAGCCGGUGCUACAGUGAACUCCAAGGCGGUUCACAGCCCACUAGGAGUAGCCUGCUUAGCCAACGAUGCUGAAGGCGUGAAGUUAUUGUGCGAUGCAGGAGCAGAUCCACACGCACGAAAUCCAUUUGGCGACCAUUCGCUGAAUAUGGCUGCUGCAGCAGGGUCAUUAGAUGCCAUCGAUACCCUGCUGAAGAACUUUCCUGACUUGGACAUGUCAAGGGCCCUGCACUCGGCCGUGAUUUUGCAGGGUGGCUCCAGUGCAGUUGUCAGCUGCUUGGUGGAUCAUAAAGCUGAUGUAGAUGCUCCAUAUGUGCCGUCGGGAAACAGCAUUUUGGCCAUGGUGAAUCGGGUCAAAGGUCUUCAGUACAAAUAUGGCCGCCACACCAUGAUGCGACGAUUUGCAUACCACUCGAGUGGUGCGACACCGCUGUUGCUGGCGAUCAUUUGCGGCAACUACGAAGCGGCAGCAAGGCUGCUCUACGAAGGUGCCUCGGCAGACCAGCGGAAUGCCAGGGGCGUGUCUCCGGCAGAGCUGGCCGAGGAAGUUCCUGAAAGCAUCGGUGAUUCGAAGUGGCAUCGGUGUCAAAUGCGCCUUGCCUGUGCUCGCGAGGAGCUUGGAGGUAUGCCGGACUACCUCUUGGAAGCGUUGGGAGGGGAGAUGAUGAAGUGUUCGUCCAUCGUGACAGCGGGCACCGUUAAGAGUCAGGCAUCGGCCGGGUCUGGAGCAGAUUGGCUGGAAGCCAUAGAAGAACCAACUGAAGCUGAAGGUGAAAUGUGGAAAUCCAGCAAUCCCGUGAUAAUGCAAUUCUCAACUUUGGACAAACCCAUCUCUGUUUUUGCGCUGCAGUUUCCAGAAACAAGCACUGAGCAAUGUCUGGAGCAUGCAGCAUCGGAAUCUGCGGUAGGUGGAGAGCUCUUCGACCGAAUCGUGGAGGCAGGCCACUUCACCGAAUCGCAAGCGGCCAUUGUCAUGAAGCAGAUGAUUAGCGCCAUCUACUACUUGCACACCAACCACAUUUGCCACCGCGACCUGAAACCCGAGAACUUUUUGUUUCAUACCAAGGAGAGCAUUGAGAAAAAUCUCCUGAAGUUGAUCGACUUUGGCCUGGCAACUCCCUAUAAGCCCAACGAAGCCAUGAAGACCAAGUCCGGCACGCCAUACUAUGUGGCUCCCCAGGUGUUGCAGGGUCACUACAAUGAGCUUUGCGACAUUUGGAGCUGUGGUGUCAUCAUGUAUGUGCUCCUGUGUGGCUACCCUCCCUUCUUGGCCGACACAGAUCCGCAGGUCCUAGCCAUGGUCCGCAGGGGACAUUUCACCUUUCCACAAGAGGACUGGCAUCAGGUGUCGGAUGACGCUAAGCAGCUCAUCAAAAAGCUUUUAGAGAUGAAGCCAGCAGAUCGUUUCACAGCGGAGCAGGCCUUAAACCACAUUUGGAUUAAGGAGAAGGCACCACACAGUAGCAAAGAGCCAUUGAAUACAACCUCAGUGAGCAAUCUGAAGAACUUCAGAUCUACAAAUCGUUUCAAGAAGAUGGCGCUUCAAGUCAUCGCGACGCAACUGAGCGAAGACAAGAUCGAAAACCUGCGGAGACAGUUCCUGGCUUUGGACAGCAAUGGGGAUGGACGGCUCAGCAUCAAAGAGAUCAGCGAUGGUCUCAAGGCGGCUGGCAUGAAAGACAAUGACCUGAAGAACAUCCUUGCCGGUGUGGACUGCGACGGGAGUGGCAGCAUCGAGUACAAGGAGUUCUUGGCAGCUACCCUGGACAAAAAGCAUUACCUGCAAGAAGAUGCCCUGUGGUCCGCUUUCUGCGUCUUCGACCGGAACGGGGAUGGCAAAAUCUGCAUGGAUGAGCUCAGACACGUUCUGGAAGACGACAGUGUGGGCGAGUUGAUUCCGGGCAAACAGUCCGUGGAGGAGAUCAUGAAAGAGAUCGAUGUGGAUGGCUCUGGAGAAAUUGAAUUUGACGACGCGAACGCGAAGUGGGGAUGGGCCACAGAGGUUCCAGGGCCGGAUGGCUUUUCAGAAAUCUUCAAGAUGCCAGGUGCUUCCUUCAAAUUGGAACUCACCGGCCCAGACCUCAGCAGUCGCGACCGCGCCAUUAUCCGAGAGGCCGGGGGCGGCUGCCCAGGCCGCACAGACAGCGCAGAGAGCGGGGCAAGGCGCUUCUCGGUCUCGGUGGCGACCUAUGUCUACCACUCGCAGGGCAGCUAUGAGCCCUCGCCCUUGGUGCAUGGUGGGCCCAUUGUCGCGGGAGCCAACACGCCUGGCUGGCUGAAGGCCAGUUGGUAUCCCGUGCAGCUGAGGAUGCCGGGCAGUUUUCGAAUCUGCUACUGUGCGGCCAGUGGGGAAUAUGACUUUGCACAAGCCUCUGGGGUGGUCUUAGGACCCAACGAUUCGCCUUGUGAAUUGGACUACGCUGCUUACCAACUGGUGGGAGUGGCAUAUGCCAUGGGAAUCAAGCACAGCGAGGUGCCAAUUGGUGCUUGCUUGGUAUCGCACGAUGGUACCCUGCAGAGUAGCUGCGAAGUUCAGGUUCGAGCAGAUCGAGGCGGCCUUUCAGCUGAAGACAUGGCCGAGUUGGUCUCCGGAAAUCCCAGCGCCAUCUGCGGUGAGGCCGCAAGUGGCACCACUCUGCUGCCACUGCAGGGAGAUGCCUUCGCAUGGAAAUUCCAGGUGCCCAUUGGAGCGGAGAUGACGGAGAGCUAUGAGCUAGAGACCACCGAUGGCCUGCAAAGGGAUUGGCAGAAUGCCGGCAGCCUGUCCUUGGUGGGUUUCGAGGGUAGCCCCGCUGACGUGAGAUGCUAUCGUGGACAGCGCUGUCGUUUGGGUCGGUCAGCCUUUGGCAUGAGUAAGGGAGAUGCUGCAAUUGCCGUGCCAGGUAAUUCCAGCUGUGCUAAUCUGGACUCUAUCGACUCUAUCGGUACACCUGCUCCCAUGAGCAUCCUCGGGGGCAGCACGGCAGUGGCCAACAUCGAUGUGGAGAACUACGAGGGAGAUCUGGCCACCAUCUGUUUCUGCUCCGCUGCGGUCUAUGGCAUUUUUGGAUGUCAGAAUGGCCAGUCGGGCCGGGUCUUCAACACCUUGAUGGGCUACGUGCGAUCCGGCGGCCUUGAGGGUGGCUUGCGCAUGGAUUGCGUUCCCACCUCCUUGACAUGUCCUGAAACCCCCACCUACCUGCAAGGCGAGGAUGCCAUCGUGGCAAAGAGAGGAAAACUCUUCCUGGCAGAACUGAAGUACAGGCCCUGCGAGGACUUGACUUCUGCAGACGUGCAGCAGGCCACCCUUCUGCCGGGCGAUGCGUCAGUGCGCGUGGAGAUGCCUUGGCCCAUGCUGUCGGGGCGCUAUGUGACCCGGCGAUCUGCCAUUUGCUUUUGUGAAGACGCCAUCGGCUGCCCUCAGCCCAAUCAAGUGAGUACGCUUCAACACAUUGGGGAGCUGAGAGUCCUUGGUGCAAUAGAUUCUGUGGGUCUCACGACGCACCCGGGCUUCGCCACCAUACCAUUGCAAGUGCGAGUUGUCGAGGAGGCCACUGGCAUCAGGUGCUGUGCGUCCAAUGCCACUGAUACCAUGGACUGUGAUUUGAAGGCCUCAGCUACAAAUGCUGCGGCACUUCUUUCGUAUCCGGGUACUUUCCGCUUCCCCCUGGUGCUGCAAGAGCCGUUGACGAACUACGAGGAGAGAAUGGCUGUGAACGUGUCCUGUGCUGCGAUGGGCCAAACGGGGCCCUGUGCCCCAGAAGCGGUGACUUCGGGCCUGAGCGGCUUCCCUUGCAGACAGGUGCAUCCUCUGGCCCUCCAUAUGCAGCUGCCGCCCGUCUCUUGGCACCGUCCCUGGCGCCGUCCCGUGAACGGCGCCCUGGGGACCGAAGCUAUGGCGGAGGCCGGCGGCUACGCCACGCAACUGAAGGCCGUGAAGUCGGAGACCAUGACCAAGGGAAUUUGCAAGAAAGCAGCAGCAGAAAAGAAUUUCAAAAGCUUGCCAUGUCAAGCGACAGAGUGCCUUGCCGAGAGCUGGCAUUCGUUCAAUUUCCGGUUGAGGUGCAUCGACCUGGACUCAGCCCGUGCCACGGUGCCAGGGCAUUAUGAGCUCUGCGUUUGUGAACCCGGCGCCGUGCCAAUGUCACAGGAGUGUCAAGGAUGGCACCACCUUGGGCAUCUGGAAGUCUUUGGGCCCUUCCCCUUGAAUCGUACCUUGCAAGGAACCAGCAGCGAACUCAUGCAGAUUUCCCUGCAGGGCGUCAGCUUGGGGCACGAGGAUAGCUUGGUCAGCGCCACGGUGGAGAGUUGGGAGGUGAAACCCAUGAAGCCUAUGCAAGAUGAACCCAUGGAACUGCAGAUCUUUGGGACGAACCUCAGCAAUGACCUCCAUGGAGUUCUAGUACGUGAUGACGGUGAACAGCAGCCUUCCAGCCCCAAGCAAGGCUUGUGCCACUAUGCGUCCCCUGUCGCCAGUAUGGUGAAAUGUGCGCCCACCACUGUGGACAGCCAAACAUGUAGUUUUCCUCAAGCUCCAUAUGGUGGUGGCUACCAGGUGUGCAUUUGCAUAGCUGAAGGGCCAAAGUGUCAGGCUUUUUUGCCUGCCUUGGGCACCUUGCAAAUUCAAGGCCUCCCAGAAAUGGAGGAGGGCGGCAUCAAAUACGUGGCAGUCAUUCUCACCGCCACCUUCCUGCUGUUGCUCUGCUUACCUCUUCUGUCUUCGCGUGUGAGGAAGAAACUUUGGCAGCUUUGGAAGAAACUCAGGCGAAGGAUCUGUGGGGCAGAAUCAAAGGUCAUGGCCGUGCCAGGCAUGGAACAUGCAUCCGAAGAUGAAAAGGACGCGAAAGGUGAGAAGGAUGACAUGGAAGGAAAUGUAGAACAUGAUCUGCCCCAAAAGCAGCAAAAGAUGGACGAAAAUGUGGAGAUUGCGGAUGAUUAUAGCACCGGCAUCCAGGGAACUGCGCAGCCAGAAGAGGAGCCAUCCCAGUGCAGCACUCCCAGGAAGGAGCCCGUUGAUGCUACUGAGGCUCCACUGGGAGGGGUAGCUCCUGAUGCACCACUGCAGCCGGAGAUCCCAGAAGCAGAGGUGGAAGGCUGCAAGACACCAGAGGAGCUUUCGGCGGAUCCUGACCGGGAGGCGGCCCCAUCCACCGCACCCUCCGGGCCCUCCUCGGACUUCUCAGAGAAGAUGGCUCCAGGAACCCUGAAGGAGGAACGUCGCAGGGCCCGGGAGGAGAAACGCCAGGAACGGCGCAAGGCGGAGGAAACUGCCUCCCUGCUGCCUCCACGACCCUUGCCGCCGCCGCCACUGCGUGCGCCGCCGCGGAAGCUGCCGUCGCUGCCCGUCAGCCCCUCCUUCGACAAGGAGCUUCGAAGCCCUGCGAGUCCCGCAGCAUUGGAGGCCCUGGCUGAGGCCACCAAGUUUCUUCAAGCCAACACGCAGAAAGAUGGUAAAUUCACGGACUAUGGCCUCAGCGUGAAGGCUCUUUCUGCUGCCCUUGGACGAAAUGAUGCCGAGCUGCUAGCAAAAGCAUUGGUGGAUGCAGAAAGAGCGGGCGUUGGAAGAGAACUCCUAGAGAAGGCUCGGCAACACCUCAAGGAGCUUCGAGGCGAUGUUCCACUGAAAGAUGCUGCCCCGGUCCCGGGCGACGAGGGUCCAACAGAUGUCGCCGAAAAAGCUGAAGCUACGGUUGGAGAUGCUGAAAAGCAGGACCCAGUUGGACUGGAGGAAUUUGAAAAAUUGGUUGAAGCCAGAGCUCCAGAACCACCAGCUGACCUGGGAGCAGUAGAUGCUGUUGGGACAACAGAGUCUGAGGCCAGGGUUGAGAACAUCAGAGAAGAUGAUAUCGGUGUCCUGAGGGAGGCUGAAGGAGGCAACAUGGAUGAAGUUCCAGAAGCUUUGCCUGAAGAAGCAACCUCCCAAGAGGAAGCCUUGCGUGAUGAAGCAGAAACUGAGGAGAAAGAUACUUUCAAGGUUGACGCCUCUACCUUGCAGUCUGAGAUGCCAAAGCCGGAAGGCAGAGAAGAGGACGUGCAAACAGAGGCGGAUGCGGACGCCAUCGAUGUCGCCGAAAAAGCUGAAGCUACGGUUGGAGAUGCUGAAAAGCAGAACCCAGUUGGACUGGAGGAAUUUGAAAAAUUGGUUGAAGCCAGAGCUCCAGAACCACCAGCUGACCUGGGAGCAGUAGAUGCUGUUGGGACAACAAAGUCUGAGGCCAGGGUUGAGAACAUCAGAGAAGAUGAUAUCGGUGUCGUGAGGGAGGCUGAAGGAGGCAAGAUGGAUGAAGUUCCAGAAGCUUUGCCUGAGGAAGCACCCACGGCAGAGGAAGAAGGUGAAAGCAAGACUAGUGAGGCAGCUGCUGUGGAUGAACCUGAUUCCAAGGCUGGUGGAUAGCCUGCGAGCUGGCUGCUGU